AUGGACAUCUUCCGCAAUGCACGCCAGAACUUCCUGCGGCGGCAGGCCGAGGCCGAGCAGGCCGACCUAGAACGGCAACAAGCUCGUGGACAGGAGUUGCGGCAACAAGAGCGGCAGCAGCCACAGCAGCCCGAAAUGCGGCAGCAAGGCACGGCACAGCCCCAGACAGCCCGCUCGUCACCUGUGAGUGCCGUCCUGCGCCGCUUCGCCGAUCUGCCACGUCCGUCGAUGCCUUCAAUGCCAUCGAUGCCCUCCUUUGGCCGCGCGGCGCCCCGCCCGACGAGCAGCCACUACACCACAAACAGUCACGCCGGCAGCGCCACGACGGACAAUGACGAAAUCGUCUCGCCCAAAACACCACAAUUUGGCUCUCUGGGGAUGCCGUCCUUGCCCUCGACUCGCCUGCACCUGCCGAACCUGCAACGAACCUGGACACGAGGCUCGAGCGGCCCGCCGUCCCGGCCGGGCACGGCCAAUGGUACUACCACCUCCACGACCACAACGGCAGCGACACCAGCUGUGCCUCCCACAGGCAUGUCCGAGCCUGGGCCCAUCGUGCCGGCCCAGCACGUUACCACCAGUCGGCACCGCAGCGGCAGCAGCCUGAGCGAAGCGGGGACCGAGGACGACCGCCGACGAGGCCGGCGGCGGCGCUUCGAGGGGGCGGAUCCGGCCGAGAUGCACCUGGCGAACAUGGCCGACGACGGCCGGCGGCGGCGGCGACAGAACCGGCAAAACAGCGACGGAAGUGGGAGCGGGAGCCGAAGCCACAGUGGCAGCGGGAACCGGUCGGGCCGGCGGCAGCGACACCAGCGACAGUAUGUCGUCGACAUGGGCGUCUCGCCGCCCUACCCAGGACGCGGGCCGGCCGACCCAAACGCUCCACCAAAACGGUUCCUGUUUUGCUUCCCCUACAUCAAGUCCCGCCGCAUGCGCGCCCAGAUCCUGCGCCUGUUCGUCUCGGGCACCUUUCUCACGCUCAUGGUAGGCGUCUUCUUGGCCCUCUACAUGACGAAGAACAUUUACAACACCGAAUUUGCCGUCCUCCUCAUCCUCAUUCUCUUGUGCACCACCAUCUUCUUCGCCCACGGACUCAUCCGGCUGUGCUUCAUGGUAAUCCACCCAAUGUCGCCCGCCGAGGAAGAGGCCGCCGAGGAGCAGUACCGUCGCCGCCGCCGUGGUGGUCCCGCGGGCCUGCCGGACAUGUACGGCCCGGGCGGCUACGCCAUCCCCAACCAGCCCAUCCGCGUGGUGCUGGCGCGCGACGAAGAGGCCGCGGGCCUCGAGAGCGUCACUGCCAAGAUGCAGCCACCAGCGUACGGCUUGUGGCGGGAGAGCGUGCGUGUGGAUCCGAACCGCAUCUAUUGGCAGCGCAACGAACAGCCGUCGGCGGCAACGACAACCACCGGAGGCAGCGAGACGACGCGCUCAACAGAGGCGAGCAGCAGCAAUAGCAGCAACAGCAGCAGGAGCAGCCGCAGCAGCCGUAGUCGAAGUGCCACAAUGCGUGGCGGCGCCGCCAGCAGUGUUUCCGAUAGCAGCAGCAGGACAAGCAGCACCCACCACCGCCAAUCUCGUGACGACAGCGAUGGUGCCAGCACACGCGGCCGCCAGAGCCCACGUCCACCGUCGUACAUGUCGGAUGACGGCGUGCAGUAUGUUGUCGAGGCCCAGCCACGCUCCAUGGCACCAACGACCGAGAUCCCGCUGCCUCAGCACCCGUCCGAGGCGGGGCGUACGGCACCGCGACCGGCGUGGUGA